UAUUUUUUUUGUUGCUAACGAGACACUUAUCUGAGGUCGUCUGCUCGUCUUUCACGCUACUGAAAAUGUCCAAACUACAGGUGUUGAAUGCGUUUCUUACUCAGAAAUUAACGGCGGUGGCUGUGGAGAUAUUUGGGGCAGUGGAGAAAAUUAUAACAGUGUACGAGGAAGAAAUGUCCCGCUCAAAUGAGGAGAGCAAACGACUACAAAGACUACUGGAUUCGGUUUACAAACCAGAGAUAAGAUUACAUGAAACAGAACCCCAGCAGCUCACUGUCCCAGUCCCUGAGAAGGUUCCCUCUGAGCAGCAGCACUGUGAGCAGGAGUGCAGCCCAGGUCUGGAGCAGGAGGACUCAGACCCUACACAGAUUAAAGAGGAACAGGAGGACCCAGAUCACACACAGAUUAAAGAGGAACAGGAGGAGAUCAGGACCAGACAGGAGGAAGAGCAGCUUCAGGGGCUGGAGUCUGAUAUCAAAGAGUUCAUAUUCACUCCUUCCUGUGUGAAAAAUGACUGUGAUCAGGACCCCCCUCAGCCCUCACAUCUUUCCCAAACCCUAACAAUGCAGACCAGAGAGAGGGACUUAGUAUGUAUCAGCACAACUACAGAGAUGGAAACUGAACCUGAUGGCGAGGUUUACAGAGGAACAGAAUCAAACAGUUACUCUCCACCCGUCCCUGUAGUAAAUGGAACUCAAUGUGAAGUCAGUGAAAAUGUUAACGGGGGGGUGCCAGUGUUAAAGCUACUACCAGUGUUAAAGCUACUCAAAUCAAAGAGAAUGUGGACAAAUGAGAGACAAAAUUCCAGUACCUCUGCAGAGGGCUGGAAAACCGAUGCGAUGACCAAUCAGAAAUCAGCCAGUCAUGGCAAUGCUGCUCCUUGUUGCAAAGUCUGUGGGAAGUCUUUUAAAUUUCUGGUGGCUUUAAUUAAUCAUGCGCAAACAGUACAUGCAAAUGAUGCAAAACAUAUGUGUGGUGUGUGUGGAAAAAACAUGAACUCUUCUCAAUGUAUGAUAGAACACCAACAAUCUCACAUUGCAGAAAAACCUUUUUGUCAUAUUUGUGGCAAAUGUUUCCAUUGUAAUGCUAAACUGAGAACGCAUAUGCGUGUCCACACAGGAGAGAGACCAUAUUGGUGCCAAAAAUGUGGCAAAGGCUUCAGGCAGCAGCAAAACCUGAAAGAGCAUAUGAGGACUCAUACAGCGGAGAAACCGUAUCGGUGCGAAGAAUGUGGCAAAUGCUUCAAACACUCGAGCAGCCUGACCGUGCAUAUGAGGAACCACACGGGGGAGAGACCAUAUAAGUGCCAUUUUUGUGAGAAAUCCUUUGUCUCAGCAAGUAAACGAAGUCUCCACCAACGGAUUACAUUGGAAAGAACUGGAAACUGUUUCAGUGCAGCCAGUGCAGCAGAAGCUUUAGUGAUGUGGGGACCCUGAGAAAGCACAUGAAGAACAUGUACAAACAGUGCCCCCAAUUCCAAACCAACACCGCACCCCAAGCGACUCACUUCCUUCCAAUGUCACAUGUUGCUGAACUUAAAGAGGGUCACUUUCAGAAUGGAGAUUGUAAUUAGCUCCUAACCCCUCAAUAAUUUUCACUGAUUCAUCUUUGGGAGAACAAUGAAAUCUCCUGCAGUAAUCAUUCAGUGACAGAAGACAUGUAAUGUACACAGAACCAUGUAGUGUGAUACAGACCACCCAUACAUAGAAUGUAUGCACACAUGACUGUAAGUCGCUUUGGAUAAAAGCGUCUGCUAAAUGGCAUAUAUUAUAUAUUAUUAUUAUUAAAUCUUAUCCAGAGUGACUUACAUUUAUUGCGUUCAUCUUAAGGCAAGGUUUCCCAAAGUAGGUCCUAGGCCUCCCCCGAGUGCACACUUGUUUUUUUGCUUAGCACUACACAACUGAUUUCAAAUCAUCAAAGUUUUAUGAGGUGUUGGUUAUUUGAAUCAGCUAUGUAGUACUAGGGGGAAGAAAAUAUAAAAAUGUUCACCCAGGAGAAACCCUUUGAGAAACCCUGUCUUAAGGGAACUAGGUGAGACAAGACCAUAUAUCACAGUCGUAUAGUAAAAAAUAAAAAGUUUAAAUAAAUAAAUGCAUAUAGUGACCACUGAAUUGCUGUUACUGUAGGAUAGACAGUCCUACACCCUUCCACAUUAUGUGAUCAUUUAUUUUUGAAUUCAUUGUUUGUUUUUUGUCUACCAAGCUGAGAAUAUAUGGACAAUCUGUGCUGUCAUGUAGAAUGUUUAGGAUGUUCAUGUAAAGGUGUUGUUAUUGAGGCAUAGUUUUACUUUGUCUGUAAUAUCUCUGCUGUGAGAAAAUGGAAAAUAAGUUUUUUUUAAAAUAAGUGCUCUCCUUUGUCUUUUCCGCCAUGCAGCUUAGCAAAUGUUAAAAUAAAAUAGUAAUUGAAUUGAAAUAAUAAAUAAAAAAAUGUUCUGGCUU